GACAGCUUUCGAGCGAACUGGUGUUACGCCACCUAUGCCAGCAGGUACGCGAACAUUCCAGCUAUCCAACAGCGCCUGGAACACAAGCAAUGGGUUCGGCAGUUGCCCGACGGUGCGAACAUUUUGUGCUGCCCAGAAGAUAUACGCUGCGUGAAGUGCACCCCGCAGUCCAGCACGUUGUGCCCGCGGUGUCGCGUCCCGCUCUGUCGCACUUGCCUGAUGCGCAUGACUCAACGACGACUACCUGGCGUGCCACAGGCGUUGACGAACGACAACUGGCUGGGAUACCCAACAGAGCUGCUGUAUCGGCGUCGGGUUCGCUGGGUCGAGGCUGCGGCCGCCUGUCCCGUGUGGACCUCAGUCGUGUGUUUCUACCUUGAACAAGACCGGGGACACUUGUUGGAAGAAGACAUCCACAAGGCAGAGCACCGCGUAGCCAUCCGAGGCAACGUCAGUUCCUUCAGCAUGCCGUGGGAAGACAUCAUUGCGACCUUGGACCCAACCCAGCAAGGCCAUCGGACGUGGGAGUCCUUGCCACAUUCGCCCGCUACACUGCAAGCACUUGUGAAGAUUACGGUUAAGGGCAUGCGAUAUAAUGAAGCACUGGAGUGGGUAUCGGGAGCCAAAAUUCGACCUUGGGUAGUUAUCGCUCUCUUGCAACACUUGGUGGAGUUAGGGCACCCCAUGUGUCAAGACAGAGACAACCCCGACCAAGAAAAAGUGCGGAUCGCAGAGAGAGUGAAAACCGUGUAUGGAAGACAUGAAACCUGUCCAUUGCUCGACCCAGCCACUUUGGACCGCACGAAUUCCAGCACAGAUCCGCCCAGAGCUACACAGACUGAGGUGACUGCAACCGCAGCAGAGCGUCGCUCGGCCCCCGCGGCGACAGCCGGCAGUGUCGCCGUCACGCUCUCCGCCACAGAGCGUCGCUCAGGUGCGAAAAAGAGGGCCCAUGCAGAGCCCCUGGAUGCGGUCCUCCCAGAAGAACCUUUUGCGCCCCAAGUGCCAUCCAAGCAUGCCACACCCGAGCUCAACAUAAGUUGCAACUUAGAGGGAGAAGCCUUUAGUGGUAAAAUGAGACCCUCUGUGUUGAGUGCAGAUUAUGCUAGCACAGACGUAGGGGAUCCAGAGGUUGCCCUUGUCAACAACCUCGCCACCACCACCCAUGAGCACAAUGCACUAUCCUUGAAACUGUCACGCUAUCGCGCAGCAGACCCGGGCCGCAGCGCCUGCCCGGAAAGCUUCAAUCCACCUGUGUGGGAAAGCCAUGGAACUGAGAUUGAAAUCCCAGGAUAUGACAUCCGUCGAGAAAUUACGGCUCGAGAUCCUUGGGCUGUAGUCCUGAGUUUCCAAACCAUGGCGCGUUUCAUUUUUGCACAGCUGCUCGGCAUCCGCAUGUGCUUUCGUUGCCCCACUUGUGAUUGUCGAGAUCCACAAGGUUACAGCACACAUCCCACUGGCGGGGUUUUGGGGUUCGUCCGCGCCAUUUGUGGCGCCAUCGAGUAUCAGGCUAAUGCAACACCCCAUUUCCAUUGUAAUGUGUAUGCAGAAAGCAUUUGGCAGGAACCAUUGAGCUGCCUGCUCCAAAAAAUCCAAGACAAGCACGUCGACUUUGGAGCGUUGCAGCACUUCCACGAAUGGAUUCACACCGAACAGCAUCCCUAUCCAGUCGACCACGUGGAGCAAGCAUCCUACUUCGAAAGAGAAUGGCAAGACAACUUCAGCAAAGCUACUCACAAUCCUUUGGGCCAGUGGCCAGGUUUCCUUCGAACCGCAACUGCCGAAAGUCCUUGGCUAGAGACUCGCUCGCCGGAAGCAGUGACACAGGAAGCCCGAUGUUUCAUCCACGCUUACAAGAAAGUGCGCACAAAGGGGCGUCGCAAUGCCUUGGGGUUAUGGUUGGGGGCUCGAGGGGACGCCUGGUUGUCUGGGACCAUGACCGCCUUUUCCGUGUGGCUUUUCGGAAACUCCCACACCGCCGUGAACUAUCGGGUACCACUUUGUCCAGCGACACAUGACCCCGAGUGUCAACGGAACUGCCUCCAGCAGGCCACCGCGGGAAAGCUGCAACGGUUGAUGCAGCAGGCGGCGCGACGAGCCACCCGCUACUUUACGGGGUACCUGCAAAAGCCACAACCAGUCGGACGGAAAGAACUCCAGCAAGCCGCCAAAGAACUGCAUUUCCUCCACACUAAUGCUGGCAAAGAUCCGACCGGGGCACACUAUCGCAAGGUGGCCAGUCGCGUGUUUGGCGACCUCGAAUUUCGAUGUUCCGUCCGACCAAUCACCGAAGAGUUCAUGUUAGCCGGUUUCGGUGACGGCCAAGAUCCCACAGCUGCCGAGUGUAUCCGCUCUUUCCCGGUCGUGCCGUUCGUCGGCGCAGAGUGGCUGACCUACCUCGACGGACGCAACGAAAUUCGCUACAAGGUGAAACCAGCCGGAUACACGACCACUGAGAUUAAGCUGUCAACAGUUUACGGAUGGCGUGGACAAGAUACCCGUGUGUAUUAUCUGUCACCCUGGGAAUUUGUAAAAUGGUGGACCUUGAAAAAACUGCGGCCGCCACCCAACGAAGGGCCUGUCCCCUCUGAGUGCUUAAGCGAGUGGAUGCCACACCAUGACCCCACAUCCAUACCCGAAGAUGGGUGGCAGUUUGGACGCGACUACUGCUGGAAAGAACAACUACCGACUUCUCAAGCAGAAACGAUCCUGCGGCUGCCAGAACACCCAUUGCUCGCUGCUGCAGCAGAGUACUAUCUAGAACGACAUUCCGAAGCCUUAGUUCCCUAUCCAACGGUCUGCCCACUGCCUCGUCCGGACAUGUCGAAAGAGGACCAGGCACGACUACUGAAUGUGUAUCUCCGCCCUUGGACUUUGGACGCCAAUGCCGUGAGCUUGCGUGUGCCACACAUAACAGCUUUGGAUCUGUCCUUUGAAGCUCGAACCGCCAAUAGGCAGCGCGUCGCGCCACUCCGCAGUUUGCAGCAGGCGGAGACAGGGCCCGUGCCCACGCCCGAACAGAGCCAGUUCCUGCAGGCCAUCAUAAACCGCUGCUUAACAGAAACCACCGAAGAACAGACCCAGCGGAUCGGCAAGAGUGAACCCUGGAGAGGAAUUUGCCAUGGUGUCCCCGGCGCAGGCAAGAGUCAAACCUUGAAAUGGCUCCGACGAUUCUUUGAGGACCUCUGCGGGUGGCACCACCAGACGGAAUUCGUCUAUCUAGCCCCUCAAAAUACCCAGGCCGCGCUAAUUCAGGGCAUGACGCUCCAUGCGUUCGCGAACAUCCGCAUCAAAGCCAAAGGCCAUGGCGGCGAACGAGAGCGAGGGCCCGACCACUUCGUCCAGUACCAACGGUUGCGUUGGCUCGUGCUCGACGAAAUUUCCACAGUCGGCCUCGAAGUCCUAGCCACCCUCGAAAAAAAGGUCGCCCAAGCCACCCGAACCAAAGGCACUUGGAAGAACAACGGCAAGGGCGAGGCGCGACCGUUCGGCGGCCUCAACCUCAUCCUGACAGGCGAUCUCUGGCAGUUUCCACCUGUAAAAGCCACCGCCAUUUUCCAAAACCCCUUCGCCGGGGGCGCUUCCUGCCAGGUGGCCGCGCUCCAAAAGGUUUUGUGGUCACGGACUGAAUCCGGUCUCCACGCACUCUUCGAGUUGACCACCGAGCAACGUUGCGUGGACCCCUGGCUAAGCCUAGUCUUGAGACAAGCACGCCACGGCGCCAUGUCGCAGGAUGUAUGGUGCUUUCUCCAUGGGUUUCCGACCCGGUACCCAGGUGCGUGGGACUUCGACGCCAAAGUUUGCCUCUGCGGCACGGCUGCCUGCCAGACCCUCCCCCUUGCAUGGGCAACAGCUCCACAUUCACCCUGGGAAGCUCGCUUAGAACAAGAAUGUCCCCAGUGCCGAAUCGAAAGACGACGCAGGUGCCUGCUAG